AUGCUUGCACUUCUUCUUCUUAUCAUAUAUUAAGUCCAGACUUAAACAAUUUAAUCCAAAGCUAUAGUUAAGGAAUUUCCAUCAGAUGAAGACCUUUUUUCUAUUACAUUUUAAAUCGCAUCUACAGAGAAAAUAAAUACAAUAUCUAUUGAUCUUAAAGAACUUAAAUGUUUAUCAACAUCAACAGUAAAUAAAUCAUUUAUUUCUUAGAUAAUACCAAUUUUAAUUUUUUAAAAUGAACCAAAUCCAUAUCAAUUUACUAUGAAUUUUGAAAGUAAUACUAUAAGUGUUUAUAUGGACUUUGGAUAGGUGAUUUAUUCACAAUUAGAAGUCUCAUUUGAAGUCACUUAAUUUUACUAUCCAACUUUUAAUCAAAAUCUUAAUUAUUAAGUGAGAGUCAAUAAUCAAGAUAUUAAAACUUUCAAUGUAAUUAGAUAAUAGAGAGUAUUGGACUAAUUAAAAAUUUCAAGUGGAUCAUCUAUAACAUAAUAAUAUACAGAUUUAAAUAUUGAGUUUAUUAAUACUUAUAAAAACUAUCUUUAUGAUGUAAUUGUGAUUAAAUUUAAUCCUAUUUAUGUAUUUGAUAUAGAAAUAUCAUCAUGUAAAGGAAUUUAAAAUAUAGGAAAGGAUUUAAAUUAUUGGACUAAAGACACUAAUAUAUAUAUUCAACAAAAGACAGGAGAUUUUGUAGAAAAAAGUAAUUAAAAUCCAAUAAAAAUUAAACUAAUAGAUUUUCUAAAUCCAUAUUAUGUUGGAAUAAUUAAUAUAGAAGUAUUAAUAUAACCAAUUCAAUUUAUAGAUACAUAAAUUGUAUCUUCACAUGAUUCUAUUUAUUAUUAAGUUAAAAAAUAGAAAAAUUAAUAGAUUAUUAUAACUUAAUAAAAUAAUUAUAUUAAUUCAAUAUCAUAAAUAGAUUUGAUAAUUCAUACUUAAAGAUUUAAUUAAUAUCUUUAAUUGGAAAUAUAUCUACCAAAUAAAUCAUCAUAAGAUCUCAUUAUUAAAUCAAAUGAUAAUAAUAUGUAAGUAGAAAUUCUCACAAGUGUUAAUAAAAGUGUAUAAUUAUUGAAAUUAAUUAUCAAUGAACCUAAAACUAAUUAUGAUAUUAAAUUAAUAGUAGAAAAUUAUUAAAAUAUUGAUAUUCCUUGUUAAGAAAAAGGGUUUUACUUUUUGACUGAAAUAUUUGAUUUUUCAGAUGAUUAAUUAUAGAUUUAAUAAGGAAAAGGAAUUUUAAAUUUCAUUCCAAAUAAUAUUUAGUUGAUAUCAAUUGAAACAACAAACAAUUAUAUUACUUAAAGUGCAAAAACCAUUAUUAAAUUUGGAAUUGAUAUUACUAUAAAAUAAGAUUGUAAAUAAUUAAUUUUAUAUUCUAGCCUUAUUGUUGAUUAUAUUCAAUGAAAAUUUAAAUAUAUCAAAAAUUUCAACUUUGAAUUAAAUCAUAAAUGAUAACACCAUCAGUUUAUAUGGAGUAUUCAAUGAAUAAAAAUAAGAAUAUACAAUUGAAUUUGAGAAUAUUAUUAAUCCUAUUGUACCAUGUAAAUUUAAUUAUUUAGAUUUAUAAAUAAUUUAUUUAAAUUAGGCAUUUGCAAGUAAUUAGAAUUAAAUUGAAAUUGAAAUUAUACCUGAAAUUAUAACUAUGAACAAUUUAAAUCUUGGUUAUUUGAUUACAAAUACAUAUACAAAUUUGAACUUAGAUAUUAAUUUUAAUUUAUAACAUCAAUACUUCACCAAUAUUGAAUUUACAUUUGAUGAAUCAAAUAUAAAUUUUAAUUAAAUUACUAAAUAAAUAGAAUGUUAUUUUGAUGCUGUAUCUUACAUUUGUUAAAUACAUCAAAACAAAUUAACUAUUUUUGGACUUCGACUAAUAAAAACAUCAGCACAUUUAGAAAUUUUACAUUUUCCAUAUCCAAGAUCACUAUAAUCAUUAAUUAUAAAAUCAGUCAGAUAAUUAAAUAGCAGCAUAAUUUUAUCAGAAACAUCAGAUGUUUAUUAGAUUUAACCUAUAUACUAAAGAGAAUUCAAUAAAUUUUAGAUUUCUUUAUAAUCUGUCAUUAAGAAAUUAUAAAUAAUACCAAUGAAUAUUAUCCUUAUUCCUUCAUAAGAUAUUUUAAAUUAAGAAUACUUAAUUUUUAAAUUUGAUAAUUAUUUUACAAUCGAAAGUGAUUCAUAAUGCUAAAUUAAUAAUGAUAUUGUAAAUAUUGAAUGUGAAUUCACAGAUAGAUAAAUUAAAAUUUUAAUUACAAGUGGAACUUUAAUUCAUAGUAUGAGUUAUAGUAUACUAAUAAAUAAAAUAAAAGUAAUUAGAGAAUAUCAAACUUUAUAAUUGAGUGCCUUCACUUAAAACAAUUAUCUAUAAUAAUAAUCAUUUUAUCAAUAUAAGAUUAAAUAAUUAUCAUAAUCAACUGAAUUUGUAGAUUUUACAUUUGAUCCUUUAAAUAUUGAUUUUUCUAGCUAAAGUAAUUAUAAUUUAUUUUUUGAAAAUGCAAUUAAUAUACCUAUUAAUGGAUAUUUAUAAUUAUCAUCCACCUAAUUAAGUAUAGACUUUUUAUAAGGAUAAGUAAUUUAAGUUUCUGGGGAAGAAGAUAUUUCUUAUACAAAAAUAAUUAAAUAAAACUAAAAAUAUAGUUUAUAAUUCUAUUUCAGUAAAGAAGUAUAUAGUGGAAUGCAUCUAUUUAAAAUGCAAAAUAUUAGUAAUCCACUUUAUUAACAAAGAAAAGAGUAUUAUACUUUUGAAUUGUAAAGUUAUGAUUAAUACAAUAAUCUUUUAGAAUUUAAAGAGUAUGAUCUUUAUUCCAUUUUUAUAUGUCCUUAAUCAAAAUGUUAAAUUUGUAAUUAAUAAGAAUUUUGUGAUAAAUGUGAAGCAGAUUAUAUAUUAUAUCAAGGUUAAUGUUUAAAAUAAUGUCCAACCAAAACAGUUCUGAUUGAUAAUAAAUGUUAAAGAUGCAAUGCAGGUUCAACUUGUUUAUAAUGCAGUAAUAUUGAUACUGUUUUAUGUACUAGAUGUAAUGAUGGUUAUGAUUUAAUUAAUGGAUUUUGCAUAUGGACAACAAUAUUAAAUUCAACUUAGAAUGUAAAUUCAUCAAAUAAUACAUCUAAUGAUAAUAUUCACAAUGAUACUACUAUUUUAACAAAUAAAACUAUUUAAUAAUAAUAAUAAUAAAUUUAUGAUAUUCAUAUAUUUGCAAUUAUUGUAUUAUCAUUUGCAAUCAUAUUUAUAUUAAGAAAUAUAUUUAGGAAAUAAACAGAUUUUAAUAAUGCAUUAUUAGCUUUUACUGGAAUUUCUGAUUUUGUUUUAUCAUAUAUCCUAUUUGUUAUUAUUAUGAUAAAUUAUACUAUAUCUUAAUCUAUUAUUUCAUUGACUUUAUGUUUUGUUACAAUUAUUUAACAACUUUAUGCUUAUCAAACAAUUAAAUUGCCAUUAUAAAUAGAUAUUGCUUAUUAAAAAUGUUAAGAUAGUAAUAGAAUUGCUAAAAUAUUUAAAUUUUUUGUUUUAUUUAUUGAUUGGAAGACAAUCUUUAUUCAUAAAUCAGGGAUCACUAAUUCAUAAUUAUUUUCUAUUCAUUUUCAAGGUGAAAUCAAACUUAAAAGAUUAUUUAACUUUUUGUUUCUUGUUAAAAUUUUCAUUAAUAUAACUAAUUUAGCAAUGUUAGGAGUAAUUUUAAUUUCAUAAAAUUAAAUAGCUUAAUUAAUAUAUGAAUCAAUUUUUUAUAAUUUGGCUAUGAUUAUCAUUUAAUUAAAUAAGAUUUAUGAAAUUAAGAAUUCUUUGAAAAAUGAUAUACCUAUUGAUAUAAUGACAGAUAAACUGAAUCAAGAUAAUGAGAACUAAAAUUAAUUUAAAAACACAAGCAAAGUUACUCCAGAAACAGUCAUUAUAUCAUAAAACUGA